AGGAACCCUCGACGCCCGGAGCGCGAGGCUGGCAGCGCGCGGUGUUUAGCCUGGGCCGCGUGGCCUCAGACCUCGUCGUCAUCACUCCCAGUGCAUGUGGGUGCUGGAGACCCGCAGCGGCCCGAGGGCGCCAAGGAGAAACUACAGAACCCGUGUGGACGAAGCCAGCGGUGACCGCGAGGGCCAGCCCUGAUUUCAGGCCUCCACUAGCGCCUUGCUCCAUUCCCAGCACCCCUCGCGCCGAAGAGCCUUCUUCAAAGGAGUUGGGCCUGGGGGCCCCAGGCGUGUGGGGGUGACCUGCUUUGCAGGGCCUUCUGUGCCACCGUUUCGCCACUAACCCUCAUUUUCUUGUUUCUGGAGUGGGAGGGGAUCGCUGAGGUUGUGGGGGCAACCUCUGCUGCUUGUCGCAACCUUUCGGCUUGAGGCUGGACAUUAGGAGGAGACCAGCAAGCAGACAAGAGGACCGGAGGAAAGUGAGGACAACAGGAACAAAUUCUACUGCAGAACAAUUUCAGUUUUGACGUGAACUAUUUGGACUCUUCAGUGCUACCUGACAGAAAACUACGUAACGGUACCGGAAAAAGAACGCACAGUUGUACGGGUCUCAUAUAGCCUAGGCUGGCCUUGAUGGAUGUCUGCCUCCUAAGAACUGGAAUUUUAGACAUGCUCCCCCAUGUCUGGCUUAUUUAAAAAUUUUUAGAAGCCUUACAAGGAAUCUGAACCAGGAAAACCUAGAAGGUUUAUUAACCAAAUACAACAUGUGCUCUCCUGCCAGUUCCAAAAUCCUGUACAGGAACCCCCGGUUCCUCCGGGUAGCUUUUCUACAGCUUCAUCACCAGCAGCAGAGUGGUGUGUUUUGUGAUGCCCUUCUGCAGGCAGAGGGUGAGGCUGUCCCAGCCCACUGCUGCAUCCUGUCUGCCUGCAGUCCUUUCUUCACAGAACGCUUGGAGCGGGAAAGGCCGGUUCAGGGUCGGAAGGUUGUGCUGGAGAUGGGAGGCCUAAAGAUCCAAACACUAAGGAAGCUUGUGGACUUCCUGUAUACGUCAGAGAUGGAAGUAUCUCAGGAAGAAGCCCAGGAUGUGCUGUCUGCUGCCCGUCAGCUCCGAGUGUCAGAGCUGGAAACCCUUCAGCUAGAGGGUGGGAAGUUAGUAAAGGCUCCGCAGGGUCGAAGACUAAACAGAGAGUGCUUACAACCGCCGGCUGCUGCGCCAAUCUCUGCCAGAGUGGUGGGACCCAAGAGUCGCCCUCAAACUCCACUGCCUGUCACCCAGACUCCUAGUCCUCUUGGGGCAGUGAGGUUGAAGUCCUUAGGGGAAGAAGAGGGGGCUCACAAAAAGACUAACCUGCCAAAUGCAGAUAGCUUGUCAGAUACUCAGCUCAAGAAGAAAGCCAGAGUUUGCCUGACUCAAGAAAGCAGAUCAUCUCCAUCAAGCCAGAGAGAAGGACCUAAGGAAACCAAGAGUAACCCUGGUCCUACAGCACUUCCCAGCUUGUACCCUUCUGUGGAUGAGCAACUGUUGCCCAGAAAGAUCAGGCUGAGCCGCUCAAAGCCUUCACCCCAUGUCUAUACAUCUACACCUUCCAGCAUAUUAAGUGGUCCCAGCUCAAUGCCCACAGCCCCUGGCCGCCGUCUUUGGAGGCAGAGAACUGUAAGUAAAGAAGCACAGGGUGUGGAUAAGCAGAAACCAGGGGAAGUCCGUCCUCUACAGAGCACUCCAGACCCAUCCGAUGUUGGGAAGCCGGCUGAGAACAAGAAGCAGAGCCCUGAACUCAGAGCCCCUACCUCCAGCUCUGUAGAGGAGGGGCAGGUUGGAAGAGUAAAACUUAGGAAGAUUGUCAAUGGCACCUGCUGGGAGGUGGUACAGGAGCCUCCCCUCAGAAACACUCAAGAUAGCCCCCAGAUCCUAGAACCCUCAGAUGUAGAAGAGCCUUCUGGAACUCUGCUGUCCUCAGUUAAUGAGCAGGAAAUACCUGCUAGAAUACAACUGUGUCAGGACUCCCCAGAGAGCCCUAGGCUUCAAGACAUUCUGCUCUCUGCUAGCCACUCCCCAGACCACCCUAUGGUGAAGUCAGAGUUUGGGUCUAGUCCAAUGCUGACAGGGAAGGAAUCUGACUUGAAUAUUGACUGCAGAGAGCCCUACACAUUCGACACAACCUUGCUUGGCCAACCUUGUGAGGCUGAGCAGUAUCGAAUCACAAGUGCUGCAGCUACCAGUGAACUGGAAGAGAUUUUUGAUUUUAUGCUAUGUGGCUCAGAUGUUGAGCCACCAGUAGGAUCUUUGGAGAGUCCUGGGGCUGAAGGCUGCAGAACCCCAAGUUAUCACCUGUCAGAAACAGGAAAGAAUUGGAUUGAAGGGGAAGAAUGGUGUUUGCCAGACAUGGAACUCUGGCCCAGAGACCUCACAGGAUUGGAAAAGGAACCAGUUAGUGAGAACAAAGAGCCAGUUGAGCCCUUUAGUCCCCUUGUCAUGCGCUCUGAGAACACAGAAUCAUUUGAGCCCCUUAGCCCCCUUGUCAUGCCCUCUGAGGUGAGUAGAGAGGAACUUUCACUAAGAGGCUCUUGGACUCCAGACCUUGAAAUUACCAGCUCCCAGCCACUGGAUGGUCAGGGAGAAAAACUUCUCCACUUUGACUCCUCUGACCCUUCGCAGAGAUCUUAUAAUCAUCUCUCUCCUCCAUGCUCAGACUGGGCAGAGACAGGUCUGGAAGUGUCCCUAGGCAUGGAUGACGUAUUGUGUCCUGUUCCCAAGGCAGUCAGAGAAGUGUCUGCCAACCCUGAACAGCUGGACCCACUUCCUGGCAGUUCUGAAGAUGAAGAGAUUGAUGUGGUAGACUGGACAGUGGAAAAGAAGCUGGGGCCCACUAGUGUUCCCUCUGUUUGGCCUGACCCUUCCUCAGAGUCAGAAACUGAGGUAGAUAUACUAACAUAGUGGAGGCAGGAGGGCAGGUUAGAGUUCCUGGGAGGGUGAUAACUGUUCAUCAACAGAAGGCGUUCUUGGCAGAAAAGCAAGCACCUCCUCAGAACUGAUCUCCCCUCCUCAGGUUUCCGCACCAGGCAGAAGUCAAACAGCAAUACCAUGGUUAGAAAAUUAUGAACAAAGCAAUUUCUUUGUAAUCCAUUUUUCAGUGACAAAACUAUGUGGUACCCAACUCAGGUCAUAAGGAUAGUUAUGAGUAGCCUCUCAAUUCAUGAGAUAUCUUAUAGUCACUGAAAAUUCAGGGAACUUCAAGCACUGUUUGUGGUUGUAUUCAAAGAAGGUUUGAGAAGGAAUGAAGCCAUGUUAAGUAGAACACUGAAAUGAGUGGAAUCUCUAAAUUGCCCAGGCUGGCUUUGAACUUUGACUUCUGCCUCAGCCUCCUGUAGCUAGUGUUACAGGCUUGUGCCUCUAAGCCCAGCCUAUGGGGCUUACUCACUGCCAGUAUGGGAAGUCAAGGAAAAGCUGCCACAGAAGCUAGAAAGAUGUUACUUCCACGACCACUUCUGAGAAGUAGAUUAAAAGUAGUUGCUUUUAAAAAACAG